AUGACACUGCUAGAGAAGGUGGUGCGGAUUAAAGGGCAAUCACUAGCGGAGGAUCAUCCCUCUCGACUGGUGUCGCGGCACGCAUUGGCAAUCGCAUAUGAGGCGAAUGGACAGGUGAAGGAGGCAGUGACACUGCUGGAGGAGGUGGUGCGGAUUGAAGGGCAAACACUCACGGAGGAUGAUCCUAGUCGACUGGCAUCGCAGCAUGCAUUGGCAGAAGCGUAUUGGGAGAAUGGACAGGUAAAGGAGGCAGUGACAAUGCUGGAGGAGGUGGUUCAGAUUCGAGAGCAGACACUGGCCGAGGAUCAUCCUGACCGACUGGCAUCGCAGCACAAUCUAGCCAUCAUGUUGUGGAGUUUGGGCCAACAUUCUGCAGGUCUGCAGUUGAUGAGGCAUGUCGUGGACAUUCGUCAACGAGUGCUCGACCCCAAUCAUCCCCGUCGCAAGGUGUCUGAGGGAUGGUUGCAACGCUUCGAAGACGAAAGUUCUGAAUCUGGGGAAGUUGCUGUUGAAUAG